UUGAACGCAACACACGUCAUAUGGUUAAAAGGACAGCUCAUUUUUCUCAACAACUCAGGGGAGAAUUGGACACUUUUUUAUGUUUCUCCACCUGUCACCUAGCUCUAGCUGACAAAACAAUAACAAGAUACACUUUGGUAAAAUUAUCAGUGAGUCAGCAGGAGGACCAGGAGCCUAUUAGUCACACAAGCUGUGAUUCAGGGUGGAAGACAAAUCGCUCCGUUAGAAAACAGACAUUUCCACCAACACACUUAUGGAGGCUGUGUUGAACUGCAAACCAGAGGACCUGGAGGAUUACUACGGGUUACUGGGCUGCGAUGAGCUGUCCUCGACUGAACAAAUUCUAAAUGAAUACAAGAUCCGCGCCUUGGCGUGCCACCCAGACAAACACCUAGACAGCCCUAGAGCAGUGGCAGAUUUCCAAAAACUACAAGAGGCCAAAGAGGUUUUAUCCAAUGAAACCAAAAGGAAGAACUAUGACCUGUGGAAAAGAAGUGGGGUUACCAUUUCAUUCCACGACUGGCAAGCCUUGAAUGACUCUGUGAAAACUUCAAUGCACUGGGCUGUGAGACAUAAGAAGGAACCGAUGCUGGAGGCCAAAGCAGAAAAGCCUGUCUCUCCCCAAGCAGAGGACGUUCACUUUGAGCAGGACCCAGCAGGGGUCUCCUCAAGUGAUUACUGCCAUCGGCGUUUCCGCUGGGCUGCUGACUCUCCAUCCAGUCUCCUGCAGAAGUUCAGAAAUUAUGAAAUCUAAAUAUAUCAACAGCUAACUUAUAUUUGUAUGUGUUUGUGCCUUCUUGUUCUCAUGUGUAACUUGGGACCCUGUUCACUGUGAUGUCACUGUUUGUGAAUAUGGUCUGGAUCUAAUUCCACUAAACUAGCAGGAAAUCAUUAACUCUAAAUGUGUCUUGUUGCAUAUCUGUCGGAAAUCUAAUGUUGGGUAUUGUCUUCUGUGAUUAUGUGUGUAAUGUAUGUUGUUAUAUGUCUUGCUGUUGAUUAUGUUAAUUCACACACAGUGGAUGAAUAUGUUUAUGCCUGAUAUCAAUAUAAUGUGUAUGUUUGUGUUGCAGUUGGGUUCAUAAUGUUGGAAACAUAAAACUGAAACAUGUCACGUA